AUGGGCUGGGUAUACAAUCUUCACGAGACUGAUCCAAACAGCGACAUCCCACGAGUGAUCGCAAUCUGCUUGGUGUGCUCAACCCUAGCUUUCCUGGCCGUAUGUCUGCGAUUUUAUGUGCGAAUAUCCAACAAGCGAUUUCCAUGGAUUGAUGAUUAUGCGGCACUGGUGAGCUUACUGUUGACACUAGCAUACGUGGGGAUCGCUGUGGCUCAGACUCGAUGGGGCCAAGGACUGAGCGCUGCCUAUUUUCCAAAGGAGAAUAUUAUUCCUUUUAGCAAGAUCCAAUAUGCCGGCGGCCCGAUUUACUGUCUCGACGUCCUCGGGUUCAAAGUUGCUUUGCUGACCUCCUACUUGCGUAUUGCGGGAAUUAUUGAGCAGUAUCGCAAAAUCAUAAUCACCGCCAUCGUCAUGUGUGUGGUUAAUCAAUUGACUUUCGCCUUGAUCAUAUCAGUCUCCUGCAUACCGGUCGCAAAACAAUGGGAUGAAUCUCUCGAGGGGCAUUGCAUUCAAACCCUACCAUUCUACUUUGCGCUUGGAGGCACAAGCAUCGCCUUAGACCUAAUAAUCAUAGCACUCCCUCUGCCAGUCCUUUGGAAACUCCAGCUCCGCUCCAAACAAAAGGCCCUCCUAGCCUGCCUAUUUGCUCUCGGCUUCUUCGUGACCGUGGUCCAGAUCAUUCGCAUCUUCACCGUCAGGGACCUGAAAACCUACACCGACAGCAAGAAUAUCGUCAUCUGGUCUUGUAUCGAGGUCAGCUUGGGUGUUAUCAUCGCCUGCAUCCCCACGUACGGACCUCUGUUCAAGUCCUUCGCUUCUACUGUCAACUCAUACCGAAACCGCGAGACUUCGCGUACUUAUGCGCUUGACUCUGUUCACCAAGUCACGGGGACGGGGCUUGGGCGUAGAAAGAGCAUUUUCGAGCCUAUCUAUGAGUCCGAGGGGCAGCAGGCCACUGUGAUUCGGUCCGGGGCGAAAACGAAUGAUGGAGAUAGCGAGGAGCAUAUGCUAUCCGAAGCGGAGAACAUGAAAGUCUAUGUGACUUCGGAGUUUAUAGUAAAGUCUGGCGCUGCCCUUUGA